AUGUCGAACCAGCAAGUGGGCCCGGUGUUUGAGCGCGUCAUCCAGGAAGUCUGCGACGCUUCUCAAGUCGAUUUCGAGGAGAGCGGUGUGGAUCAGAAGACACUGGUCGACUUGCGUGAGACUUGGCAGCACAAGCUUUCCUCCGUUAACGUCGCCCAUUUCCCCUGGGAUCCCACUCCUCAGCCUACCCCGCAGGCUCCUGUCCUGCCACCGCAGACUACUGUUCCUUCCAACGCUCCUCGCCCUCCUCCUCAGCAACAGCAGCAGCAACAGCAUGCAGCCCCUCAUAUUCCUCUCCAGCAUACUGCCCCUCCCCCAGCCCCUGCACCCCUCCCAGUCCAUGCACAAGCCCCGGUCGGCCCUAUGGCGGGACCUCCCCGGAUCAAGACUGAACCCGGAACCAAUGGCCCACCUGGUCUGCCCAACAUGAAUAAUCCGAUGCAAGUACCUGUGAACUCCCAAGCUGCCCGCGAUCGUGCCAUUAGUGCGAUGCAGCAGAAGUAUGGUGCGAACGCGGCCGGCUCCGUUCAACAAAUGCAUCAAAUGCAAGCUCAGGCCCCAGGCCAACAGCAGUACCAACAGAUGCAUAACCCGAACCCACAAAUGCCCCAGAUCAAACAGGAGUCUAACUAUCCAUCAAUGGGCCCCAGUCAAACCGACGGUGGUGGUGAUGACCCUAUGGCAGACUGGAAGGCCGAGGUCGCGCGCCGUCGAGAGGCAGCUGCGAACGGACAUGGCGAUCACAUGCUGCGGGAGCAUUUUAAGUCACAGAUGCGUGGAAUGGAGGGCGGUGGUUUGUUCCGACCUCUCUCUGAGCAUGAAUCUCCAUCUGUCUUGGCCCGCCGCGCUGCUAUUGAUGCGCACCUCAACUACCAGGAAUCCAAAUCUGCUACCCCACGGAUCCGUGGCCAGGUCGAUGGAGAAGAGGCCGACGAAGAUGCUAUCAACUCCGACCUUGAUGACCCUGAAGACCAGCUUGCGGAAGAUGCCGAUGCCGAUGAAUCCGAGGGUCAGGUUAUGCUUUGCACCUAUGAUAAAGUCCAGCGUGUCAAGAACAAGUGGAAGUGCACCUUGAAGGAUGGCAUCUUGACCAGCGGUGGCAGGGAAUAUGUCUUCCACAAGGGCCAAGGCGAGUUCGAGUGGUAG